AUGCGUCAGAUCCUACUCUUAUCUUUUCUUCUGAUUGGAUCAUGUGAAGCGAGAUGGUUCGGAAAGUUCGGAAGGGACCAGCCAAAAGGACUUCCGGUGAUUUUGGUUCCCGGUGAUGGAGGUAGCCAGUUGGAAUCGAAUUUGACCGGAAAACCGUCAGUUGUCCAUUAUGUCUGCUCGAAACAAACUGCUGAUUUUUUCGAUCUCUGGCUCAAUCUGGAACUUUUUACUCCACUGGUCAUCGAUUGUUGGGCGGAUAAUAUGCAACUCGUCUUUAACACGACCACUGGACUUUCGGAAAACAUGCCAGGAGUUGACAUCCGUGUCGUUGGAUUCGGUGCGACGGAAGCUGUUGAGUGGCUGGAUAAGAGCAAAGCGUCGCAGGGAAGAUACUUCUUUGAUAUUGUCGAUUCGAUGGUGUCAUGGGGAUACAGAAGAGGGAAAGAUGUCGUUGGUGCGCCAUUCGAUUGGAGAAGAUCGCCUAACGAGUUGAACGAUUACCUGAUUCAGCUAAAAACGUUGAUAGAAACAACGUACCGAUGGAAUGAAAACAAGAAAAUCGUGCUUGUCGGACACAGUAUGGGAAAUCCGCUAUCUCUAUACUUCUUGAAUAAUUAUGUUGACCAGGCAUGGAAAGACAAAUAUAUUAACAGUUUCGUGAGUUUGGCUGCUCCGUGGGCUGGAUCCAUGCAAAUCGUGAGGCUAUUUGCAUCUGGUUACAAUAUGAACUACUAUCGAGUCAUUCUUCCGCCAAGCGCCUUGAGAGGUAUGCAAAGAUCAUUCACCUCCUCAGCCUUCCUUUUCCCUAGUCCAGUCGCGUGGAAACCUACAGACAUCCUCGCCCAAACCGCGCUUAAAAACUACACAGUCUCCAACAUCAAGGAAUUCUUCCAAGAUAUCAACUACAUGACAGGAUGGGAACAAUACCAACAGGCCGCCCGUCUCAAUGGAAAUCUCAGUGCUCCAGGAGUUCCAGUUCAUUGUAUCUACGGCACCGGCGUACCAACACCAGAGAGAUUCCAAUGGGCAUCCGGAUACUUUCCCGAUUAUCCACCAACAGAGUUCAUGGGUGACGGAGACGGUACGGUGAAUAAGAAAUCAGCUACAGUAUGCUCGAAUUGGAUUGGGAAUAAUGGAGGAAAGAAAGUGACCGUUCAUGAAGUGUUCCAAGCAGAUCAUAUGGCAAUUCUUAAACAUCCGAAUGCUAUUGAACUCGUUAGAAAGGCUAUUUUUGAGGAGAUGUAA